UGACACGGGCCAAAGUUAUCCCGGAAUAAGGACAGCACGCAUGUGCCGUAAACCCGGAUGUAGUAUUUUGCCAGUUCUUCGCCCAUUUUAUGCCCCAACACUAAAUAAUAAAAUGCGUUAUUUAACGCGUGCGGGCGUAGAGCUUCCCCGAAAGAACAGCCGAUUUGAACCGUUCUAGUCCCGGUUUGGACGUGUCGCGUGUCGGAUGGGGAGCAGAGCCGCAGUAAGACAUUUACGCCGCUGUUCAGCGUCACUUUUGUGCUUGCAUUUGGCUCGGCUUCUGAGCCACACUAUCAUUCCGUUUUGUAGCAAACUAGGCAGAUUGAGUUUUUUUCCCAGGUCUGUGGGGUGGAAGUCGUGAUUACAAAGCAUGAUAUGUGGAAAAUAACUUGAAGAUAAUCAUGCACAACCAUUAGUAUUUAAGAUGCGUGACGCGCUUUAAUACAGGUGAAUAAACUAAUUUCAGGUAGUUGGCAUUUCAUUUAUGUCAGAAGUGCAUUUAAACGCACUUUUCAGGUAUGGAUUUUCGUGGCAAAAAGUACGAAAGGGGCAGCAAUUGGUCCGAUCCAGAGGUGGUAGAGCUGCUGCAGCUGUGGGCGGACGAGUCGGUCCAAAUCGAGCUGGAGAGCUGCCUCCGGAACCAGCACGUGUUUAACCGGAUCGCCGAAGUGUUGCGGGAGAAGGGCAUCCUUCGCACGGGGGAUCAGUGCCGGGAGAAGAUCAAGAAGAUGAAGCUGGAGUACCGGCGCAUCAAGGAGCACCAGAAAACCAUGCGCGGGGGGCGGCCCUGGAAGUUCUACGAGGUCAUGGACCGGGUUCUCACCAACCGACCCUCCAUCUCUUACUCCUCCUUAGGGGGUACGGUCAUAGCCCACCAGGUUCUCCAAGGAGCCGCUGCCUCAGACGGCUUCCACCUGCACGGUCUCCCAGCAUCGGCUUUCGGAUCGCAGCCCCCGGGCUCCUUCUUAUUCGGGCAGCCGCAGAAGCAAGGUGAUCCUCUGGAGAUUAAAUGCGAGGACGCGGACUCCGAUGACUGUUUGCUGAACUCUGAUCCGCCUCCUCCAGAGCUGCUGUACCAGAUCGGCUCAGCGGAGGAAGCCGAUGCUGAGCGCAAAUCCCUAGGACUGGAACGGGAAGAGUCCGCGGACAUGGGGCGGGGAGACGGGCUCUCCCCCUCAGGUUUCAGUGACCAGAACAUGGGCGGCUCCUCGGGCACGGGAUGGUCGAUGGCCUCCUAUCCUCGAACGGGGGUGGAUGAAGAGCCUGACAGGGAAGCUUUUGAUAGGGAGCGGCCACAGGGCCGAGGAGCACCUCGCCAUCGCAAACGAAGGAGGCUGGGCCGUGGGGGAGCCGGUGGCUGCAGCCAGCGGAGGGACGCCCUGGAUUUGUCAUUGGCGCGGUUCUUGAGAUGGCAGCGGGAGGCGGAGGAGCGGCUUCUGGCCCUGGAGGAGGCGCGGCUGGAGCGUGAGGCGAAGGCGGAGGAGCGGCGGGAGCGACUGGAACAGCGGCGGGAGCGGCUGGACCGCCAGCACGAGCUCCGCCUCUUCGCAAUUUUUGCCAGCGCUCUCACCGCCACUCGGCCGGGGUCUGCUGGACCCCCUGAUCCAUUCCACCCCACCAACCAACCUACCUGGGAUGCAGAACUGCCUACCAUGGACCCAGAAAGAGCCCAGCAUAGCAUCUACCUCUCGCGGCGCGGCAGUAGCUUCCGGCAGCAAAAGAGCGUCAUCCAGGAAGGCUACGCCCUGUACCAUGCUGACAAGCACGACCCCCGACAGCAACCCUGGGGCAUCAUCAAUAUGGGCACCAGUGAGAACAAGCUGUGUUUCGAUCUGCUCUCCAAACGGCUGACGCAGGCAGACAUGCUACAUGUGGACCCUGCUCUUCUGCAGUAUCCGGACUGGAAAGGCCAUCAUUUCCUCAGAGAUGAAGUGGCCCAGUUUCUGACUCACUAUUGCAAGUCCCCGCGCCCCCUGAAAGCAGACAACGUGGUGGUGAUGAAUGGCUGUGGGUCACUGUUCUCUGCUAUUGCUGCGGUAAUCUGUGACCCUAACGACGCGAUCCUCAUCGCCACACCCUUCUAUGGCAUGAUAACCGAAGAUGUUAAGUUGUACAGCGGUGUGAAACUGGUUCAUGCACACCUGGACUGUGAGCCUGGUGGCUCUGAUCAUCGCCCCUUUCAGCUGUCGGUAGAGAAACUGGAGGAAACUCUAGGCAAGGCCCUGAGUGAGGGUGUUAAUGUUCGAGCCGUAAUACUGAUGAACCCCCACAAUCCCCUUGGAGAGAUCUACUCUGCACAAGAAAUGACAGACCUCCUAGAGUUCGCCAAGAAGCAUGAGCUGCAUGCCAUUGUGGAUGAGGUGUACAUGCUGUCCGUGUUUGACGAGUUAGCCACGUUCCCCAGUGUCCUCGGCCUCAGCAGGUUGCCAGAUGCUCAGCGAACCCACAUGCUGUGGGGCAUCAGCAAGGACUUUGCCGCGGCUGGGAUCCGGGUAGGUGUGCUGUACUCUGAGAACCGGGACAUGAUCGAAGCUCUGGACCAAGUGGCCUCCUUCCAUGGCGUCCCUGGACCCUCUCAGCACCAGGUGGCCCAACUGCUCCGGGACAGGGAAUGGAUCAGCCAAGAAUUCCUGCCGGAGAACCGAGCCAGGCUGCAGGCAGCUCACCGCUGCAUGACCGGGGAGCUGCAGAACCUGAGGCUGCCCUACCUUCACAGGACCGCUGGCUUCUUCGUCUGGGUCGACAUGAGAAAGUACCUAAGGGAGCAGACCUUCCAAGCGGAGCUGGCGCUGUGGAGAUGCUUCCUGAGGCACAAGGUGGUGGUCAGCUGUGGGCAGUCCUACCAGUGCAGCACUCCGGGCUGGUUUCGUCUCGUCUUCUCCAUUCCGGAGCCCAGCCUGCGUAUGGGGAUGGAGAGGAUUAGCGGAGCUCUGAGGGAACUGGAGCAGUCAAACAGACGAUCUGUUGAAGAGCAAGAUGUGACAGAUGGAGAAAUCUCCGCAGAGGACGAAUUGCAGGACGGAGGAAGUGAGAGUGCUGAGCACAAUGCAAAGGGUGCAGUGUCAGUAGCCCCAGCAGGAAAGGAGCAACCCAGUGAGAAUGAGGGAACGGGUCAGGAGGAUGGGUUGUCGUUGGCUGUUGAGAACUUUGUACUGAUGGACGUGCAGGCCGGCCCGCCACCGGGGAAGCUGGAUUCGCUGAUUGACACCCUGCGACAGCAGAUACGCUCAUCUGAUUGGCUAGAGAAAAACACUCCGGAAUGGUCGUCAGAAGAAGAUCCAGAGGUGUUAGAUGUUUUUAAAGAUCUGCUGGACAGAGCAAGGAAGUGAAAAAUGUGUUUUAUCCCUCUUAUGAUUUGGUAAAUCAAACUCUGAAAUUUGUUUACUUCUGGUUCCAUUUUUACAGGUUCCUCUGGAAAAUUUCCGUUAAGGCGUACAAAAUGUAUUUCAAAAACACUACUCUUAAUUCUACUUAACUGUUGUUGUCCUGCCAAAAGAAAUGCCUUAUUUUGCUGGUAAUGGGAAAAAAAAAAUUCAAACUCAAAAGUUUCAGUUAUUUACUAUAUAUGUGUUUUGUGUGUGAAUUUUCUGGGCACGUGGGGGGUGAGAGGGAGUUUGCCAUUACAGAAGGAAACUCCGAUAACAGAAACCAUGCCUGCGGUUUAUGUAAUGAGCCUACAGUCUCUCUGACUUCAAAGCUUGUGUGGGUCUUUCCUGUACGUUGAGAGGGGGAGGGACCUUUUAACAUGGGUGGGCUGAGGGCGUGCACUGGCCUCUCCGUUGUUGCGGUGAAUCACUUUGUGACGGGCCUGGCACUGUAUAAAUCCUACUAUCCCUGGAUACCUAAGACUGCAUAUGUCAGUGCUGGACCACAGCAUGUCAUUUCACAGGCCUCAUAGUGAACUUUGAGACCGUUUGCGUGGUGUAAUAUUUAGUGGGGUGUGAAAAAAAAACUUUUUUUAAAAGUGAAGGUGUCAUGUACUGCAAUGUAAAAGUUAUACUCUGCUUUUGAAAAGAUAUAUAUAAAUAAUAUGUAUAGAA